CACAAAUACAACCACCAGAGCAACGUAUACUACUAGCUGCGGGGUGCCACAACUUGAGAGAGCCGAUACAUUUAGGAGGACAACACAGAAAUGAGCUCCGCACCAUAUCAACCGAAGCAUGAUCAACCCUUCAACUUGGCCGAUGCCGUCGACCUCGACGUAGGAAUUCUGAGCAAUGAAAUCACACGACUAAGAAACUCCUUAGAUCAUCUACGGGCAUCCAAUCGGGAGCUUGAAGCUUUCAUCAAGGAUCCUGAGAACGCCGACGAUACAGACGGGCUAGAGGAGGUGAUCAAGGAGAAUGAACAGGUGAUCGAGGUCCAGGAGGACCGGAUAGACCUGCUGAAGCACGCUUUGGAGCAGAAAAUUGGAUCGGAUCCGGCCAACAAGCAUUACGAUUCGGUAGUAUCAGCACCAGCGAUUACAGCGCCGCCCGACACCGAGCGGACGGUCAUCACCUCACAAAAUGAUACAGAACCAGUAACAGGCGCGAAUCAGGGGCACGAUCCAGUACAGGAUACGACUCCAGCCGUAGGGGAGGAGGGCAUGUUCCUGUAGCUCGACCGGGGUCGACCUGCUCGACUGCUUUGUAACGUAACUUAAUGACCAUAACGAACCAGAAUGCUGACAUGUGAAGUCUGUGG